CCUUGUCUUGUUGGCAGGGGUCUGCACCCGGGAGCCCCCGUUCUAUAUAAUCACUGAGUUCAUGACCUAUGGGAACCUGCUGGAUUACCUGAGGGAGUGCAACCGGCAAGAGGUGAGCGCCGUGGUGCUGCUGUACAUGGCCACGCAGAUCUCAUCGGCCAUGGAGUACCUGGAGAAAAAGAACUUCAUCCACAGAGAUCUUGCUGCCCGAAACUGCCUGGUAGGGGAAAACCACUUGGUGAAGGUGGCUGAUUUCGGCCUGAGCAGGUUAAUGACGGGGGACACCUACACAGCCCACGCCGGGGCCAAGUUCCCGAUCAAGUGGACGGCACCCGAAAGCCUGGCCUACAACAAGUUCUCCAUCAAGUCGGAUGUCUGGG